AUGGCGGACGAUGGGGACCUGCACAAGCUGCAUGGCCUGCUGGAGGCCAUGCUCGGCGAGCAGGUGCACCUGGGCCAGUCUCUUGAUCGGCAUCUCCAGAAUGCCCAAGAGGGCAGAUUGGAGGAAAAUGGACACCUGUCUGAAGAUGAAAAAAUGCAAUCGAUUCUUCGUCAUCUGCAAGGCGUGGAGACAGAGGGCAGCAAGCUCAAGCACGACCUGCAGAUCUUGACGGCUAGCCAGCACGGCCAUCAUCUCACGGAGGCAUACGAUGAACAACUGGAACGGUUGAAGGAAGACGUCAGCCGCAUGGCCCACACACAGCAAGAAACGGAAACCCACCUCACGGAGCUAGGCCACGUACUCUCGGCCUGCUUGGCCGGUCUCGAGCAGCGCUCCCCCGCUCCCACCGUGCCGGCAGUUGGCCCACGAGAGGCAGAGCUUGCUGCCGAAGUGGAGGCAACGCACAAGGCGCUGCAGGAGGAGCGCGCUCGGAACGCCGAGCUCACCCAAACGAUCGCUUCGCUCCAGCAGGCCACCGAAGAAGGGAAGCAAACAAAGUCAACGCUGGAGAAAGCCUUGGCCGAUUGUGCCGACGAAGCUAAGCGCGCCAUCACCGCUCGGCUCAAACUGCAAGCCGAACUCGACGAAGCCGAGCGUGCCCUGAAGAAGGUUCGUGCUACACACACACGCGUUUGUGGGGCGGCCUUGCUUAAGUCACGCGCGUGA